GUCACGUGGGGCGGCGGGAGCCAAUAGGGGAGCGUUUCGUGUAGGAUUUAGGCGGCGGGGACGCGCGCUGCCGCGGAGCGCCAGUCGGGAGCCGGCGGAGAGCGCAGGCGGCGGGGGUGAAGGCGAAGGCGAAGGCAGGCGGAGGGCGAGGGCAUUGGAAAUGGCUACUCCCCAGUCAGUUUUCACUUUCGCCAUCUGCAUUUUAAUGAUAACGGAAUUAAUUCUGGCCUCAAAAAGUUACUAUGAUAUCUUGGGUUUGCCAAAAUCGGCAUCAGAGCGCCAGAUCAAGAAGGCCUUUCACAAACUGGCCAUGAAGUACCAUCCUGACAAAAACAAGAGCCCUGAUGCGGAAGCAAAAUUCAGGGAGAUUGCAGAAGCCUAUGAAACGCUCUCAGAUGCUAACAGGCGGAAAGAGUAUGACUCUCUUGGACACAGUGCCUUCACUAACGGCAAAGGACAGAGAGGCAGUGGAAGUCCUUUCGAGCAGUCAUUUAACUUCAAUUUCGAUGACUUAUUCAAAGACUUUGGAUUUUUUGGUCAAAACCAAAACACUCGGUCUAAGAAGCACUUUGAAAAUCACUUCCAGACACGCCAGGACCGAUCCAGCAGACAGAGGCAUCAUUUCCAGGAGUUCUCUUUCGGAGGCGGACUGUUUGAUGACGUGUUUGAAGACAUGGAGAAAAUGUUCUCUUUCAGCGGCUUUGACUCCGCUGGCCGGCACGCCGAGAAUAGAUUCCAUGGAUCUAGCAAGCACUGCAGGACUGUCACUCAGCGCAGAGGCAAUAUGGUCACUACGUACACUGACUGUUCAGGACAGUAGUUUUCUCUCUGUUCUCACCAAGCUGGUUGACUGUUCUUCAAAAUCUAUGAUGCAAAACAGUUUUCUGUGAACUGUUUUGACAAGUGCAUGAUUUCACUUAACUUGAUACAGUUGUUAAAUAUAUUUAAAUUGUUUUUGACAAAUUAACAUUCAGUUAGUAAAGAAAUUGUUAAUUAUUAAUUUCUCUGAUUAGUAAAGGGUCUUGAAAAAGAAAAAGGAGAUGUCAUUUUGCCUGGUCUUUUUCUCCACCUGGGCCAGUUUUAAUACCAAGGAAGGAAUGAGUUUGCCUGACUUAUAUUUAAAGGUUAAACUCUUACAUUUCUUUUAGGUUUUAGUUGUACGCACUUGAAUGAUUUUUGCAGUGGAACCUUUGCUAACUUAAAAUUGCAUGCUGUGUAGCAUGGCUCACUUGAGUUGCUAAGUACCUGGAACUGGGCAAUGAGUGGUUAAGCAAGGGGGAGCAGCUCUUGGUAAUUUCCACUGACAGCUUCAGGAAGGCGUGGUUUAAUGUUUACCACCGGAGCAGGAAGGUGGUCUGCUGCUCACAGUCACUUGUGCUGGAAAAAGUUGGAAACUUAUGAAAUAAUUGCCAAGAGUUUGUUACAUAUUUGGUCCCUGGCUAAUGAUUUUGUAAGGUUGGAAUCAUAGCUACUUUACACAUCUUUUCUAUUUCUUUCUGUUGGCCCUGUAUGACUUAAUACAGGUUUAUGGGUUUUUUGUGUGUGUUUCCUCUUCUUUGCACUCAUCUUUAUCUAGAAAUUGACUAAUACCUCAUUCUGUUUGUAACAGCAGUAAUUUCUGCGCAACCUUAUUAUGUGCAAUAUUUUUAAAUUCUAAGAAAUGUGUGCUUUUGUUUUCAGAUAGACUUAUUUAGUUCCGCACUUUCCCACAUUAUACUCCGUAUGAGUAUUAAUCCUAUGGAUACAUAUUAAACGUAGUAAAGGUCUCAUACAAUGUGUGUGAGUGAGAAAUAUAAUAUUUACAAUAUAA